CCCUGAAAGUCGAGACUUGCUAGCAGCUGCAGGACUCAAGCGUAACCUGCCAGAUUCCUUGUGCAAGAUUUGAAGAACCCCCACCUGGCCUACCUUUCUUGCCUCUGUCGAAUAGUUCUCGUCCAAUUCCAUCUGAUAGUUGUAGUUUCUCGACGUUUUCAGACACCAAAAGAAAGCACUGUCCGGCCUGUCCAAAACGGAAAAAGAUAAGGAUAGAUUUAUUCAAGACGUCGCGAUCGCAGGGCAGAUCACACUAUCCAGCUUUAGAACGUUCGAACCUUAAUAGCCUCCUAGACCCAGUCGGGUUGCGCCCUAACGUCGAAAGGCUGUCAAGCAACUCCUGGCGUAUUGUUCAGAAUUCUCAACUACUGGCAACGGCGGAAAAUUGCGAGAAGGAUUGUGACGCAUAGCCGGACCGCCUGAUUCAGCAACUACCGCUACAGUUUCCGAGAGCAAUAAUCGUUGAAAUGGCGGCUUCAAGAGCGUUUCAACUACUAAUAACCGUCGUCUUGACUGCGACCAGCGUGGCGUCGGGAGCCAAACGGCUAAAAGACGGCAGUCGCUGUGUGCUUGCGUCGAACCUACAACCCAUCGUCGCGUGCGAAGGCGGACCAGCCACGUGCCUUGUAACGCGGACGCCAAAGCCCGGAAACCCGUACGGUCGCUUCAAGGGGUUCUGCAACAGCACUUACGAAAAGGGUCUGUACUGCGCCUUCAUGUCUCAGCCGUACGCCGUGGGAACGAGGGGCAUCCCCGGCAGCAGCAGCUGCGAGCGCUGCGACUGCAAGGCGGUGCCCGUGGUGAUUCCGGGGGACAAGGGGAUUGUGAAGCUAGAGGCGCAGUGCGUGUGCCCCAAGGUCAUGUGCCGGACGAAUUACCGAGGGGCCAGCAUCCACCGAUUCGAAUGCCCGCCGCUGCAGCAGACGUGUCUCAUCAAUCGGGUGGGCCGAGGCGGCAAGGACAGCGAGGGCUACAGGAUUGACGUCGGCACGUGCAUAGCGCCUCAAGACGCUUUCAGAGCGACAAACUGUAGCAGUGCGGGCCCCACGUGGGGCAUGAAGUGGUAUGCACCCGGCACCACCAACAUCCCCAAGCCCGGCGAUUGGUGCACGCGGUGCAAGUGCGGGCAAAAGGGACUCAUCCGGUGUCGCAAGGUGCCCAAUUGCACGCCGCCACCUGGCAAAUCCGCCACAUGAUGUGCCAUCCGGGCAAAGUUAUUUGGGAAAUUGACCGUUUGCCAGCUGUCUUGUGUGUCCUAGAGAGGUUCUUGGUGGGGUUAAUGGGGGAGGAUUAUAAGUGUGUUACUCUGAGAACAUGCGAGGGUUGACUGCCCGCAUCUGGCAAGCCUCUUAGCUUGUCUAGGAAGGGUGUAUUGGGGGAAUGGGAUAGUAAAGCUGCUAGAUGUCUCAUUCAAGCUUCUCCCCACUCGAUGAAGCCUAGGAAGAGGCAGUAGAUUUUUUUUAUAGAAGUCCUUAGCUUAGUGGGGCUUGUACCAUAUUGGAUGAUAAGAACAUCCUAUGUUUUACCAU